UUUAAAUGGCUGAAACGUAGAAGCGAACUGCUUAGGAGGAAACACUUGAAAAGGGACCCUUUGGUUUAUUGACAAUUACAGUGAGUCAUAAUACUCAAGUGCUAAUAGAGCUUAGAAAUAAUAGAAAGCUUUUAGGAAGAGUAAAAGCUUUCGAUAGACAUAUGAAUAUGGUACAAUAUUAUUAGAAUAUUUCCAGAUUCUUGAGAAUGUGACUGAAAUGUGGACUGAAAUUCCAAAAGGAAAUAAAGGAAAAAAAGCUCAUGCUACAAACAAAGAACGAUUUAUUCCAAAAAUGUUUUUAAGAGGAGAUUCUGUAAUCUACAUUCUGAGAAAUCCAAAAUGAUAUUAUUGAAAUUAUUAAUAACCUCAUUGAGAUAUUGUAAGAGCA